AUGAUUUGUAUCUAUUGGAACAUAAGAGGAAUUGCAAACAACUCUUCUCGAGCUGCCCUAAAGAAUCUCAUUCUUAAGAACUCUCCAGACUUUGUAUUUAUUGCUGAGCCCUGGAUGAAUUUUGAUAACUUUCCUAAAGCUUGGUUAAACAGGUUUGAUCUUAAAUUAUUUGCUACUAAUAGUAGAGAUAAUCUUCUUCCUAACAUUUGGUGUCUCUGUAAGUCUCACCUUAAUCCUGUUAUUAUUGAUUCUAAGGAUCAAUAUGUGUCUUUUACUAUUAAUCACAAUGAUACUUUGCUAGGUUUUUCUGUUGUUUAUGCUGCCACUAAUUACAUCUCUAGAAGGCAUCUCUGGGCCUCCCUAGGCAACAUCAUGCCUAAUACCCCCUGGUCUUUUAUAGGAGAUUUUAACUCUAUUGUGAGCAGUGAUGAGUACAAAGGUCACUCCACUCCUUCUAAAGCUCCUAUCAAGGAUUUCUUUAACUGGACUGAUAGUAACAACUUGAUUCAUCUCCCUACCCUAGGUAAUCCUUUCACUUGGUGUAAUGGUAGGAAGGGCAGACUUAGAACUGAAAAGAGGCUUGAUAGAGUCAUUUGCAAUCUGGAUCUCAUAGAUGUGUGUAAUUCUGUUAAUUGCAAUACUCUCCCUAAAGUGAAAUCCGAUCACUAUCCUCUCCUCUUUACCAUAAAUCUGGGUAAGGUCAGUUUUAAAUCCCAAUUUAGAUUCCUUAGUAUUUGGUCUAAAAAUGAGGAGUGUCUUAAAAUCAUUGAAGAGGUUUGGAAAACCAAAUUUUGGGGCUGCCCUAUGUAUGUCUUAGACAGGAAACUUAAGCUUCUCAAGGCAAAACUUAAGGAAUGGAAUAAGAACUCUUUUGGUGAUGUCACUGUUAAAGUUAAAAAUGCUGAGGUUAAACUCAUGAACAUUCAAGAUGACAUUAGUAAACAUGGCUACUCUGACUCCUUACAGGAUGAUGAGAUUAUGGCUCAGCAUGAGCUUGAGCAAGCUCUUAACAUUGAAGAAGAUUUUUGGAGAGAGAAGUCUAGAGUCAAUUGGCAGGUUCAUGGAGAUAGAAACACUAGGUUCUUCCACACAUAUGCUAAAAUUAGAAGGAGAACUAGUCUCAUUAAUUCUCUGCUUAUUAACAACCAGGUGGUUUCUGAUCAAAAUAUUUUGGAGGAUCACAUUGUUAGCCAUUUCAAAAACCUUUAUAAUACUGAUUUUGUCCACCAGGAAAACAACCUCAUUAAUUCCUGUGUUCCUUCCAUUGUGAAUAAUAGGUCUAAUGAUAUGUUGACUAUGAUUCCUAAUGCUGAGGAGAUUCACAGGGCUGUCUUAAACCUUAAAGCUACUGCUGCCCCUGGCCCUGAUGGCUUUGGUGGUACUUUCUACCAUAGCUAUUGGAAUGUCAUUAAGAAUGAUGUUAUUGAUGCUGUGACACAGUUUUUCAUUCAGGAUUGGAUUCUGCCCAACUUUAAUGCUAAUAGCUUGGUCCUCAUCCCAAAGGUGAAAGAAGCCAACACUAUAGGGCAAUUUAGACCUAUUGCCCUAGCUAACUUUAAGUUCAAAAUCAUAUCUAAGAUUAUUGCUGACAGACUCUCCUCUAUCCUUCCCAAUUUAAUCUCUAGUGAGCAAAAAGGGUUUGUGCUAGGUAGAAACAUAAGGGAUGGCAUAUGCCUUACCUCUGAAGCUAUUAACAAUCUCAAUAACAAGGGUUUUAGUGGCAACGUUGCCCUUAAAAUUGACAUUGCCAAAGCCUUUGACACUCUUAAUUGGACUUUUCUUAUUCAUACUCUUAAAGCUUUUGGUUUUCAUGACAGGUUCUGUAAGUGGAUUCAUCUUAUUCUCACAUCUGCAACCAUGUCCAUAGGGUUUAAUGGUAGUCAACUUGGUUAUUUCAAUUGUUCUAAUGGCCUGAGACAAGGAGACCCCCUGUCUCCUCUUCUCUUUUGCAUUGCUGAGGAUGUGCUGAGCAGAGGAAUCACAAACCUUGUUAUUAAUGACAAGAUAAACCUUAUAAAAGCUAACAGAUCUCAUCUUGUUCCUUCUCACACUCUUUUUGCUGAUGACAUCAUGAUUUUCUGCAGGGGUGACACUAAAUCCCUCAAGGCUAUCUCUGAUCUUUUGCUUUGCUAUGGCAACUACUCAGGGCAGUUUUGUAACAACUCUAAAUCCCUUAUUUAUGCUGGUGGCAUGACUCAUUCUAGACAUAGUUACUUGGCUGAUAUUAUUGGUUUCACAAUUGCUGUCCCUCCUUUUAUAUACCUUGGUGUCCCAAUCUUUGUUGGCAGGCCUAAAGUUUCUUAUUUUAAUCCUAUUGCAGAUAAUAUCAGACUGAAACUUGCUGCUUGGAAGGCUAGAUCCCUCACUAUGGCUGGCAGGGUCCAACUUGUCAAAUCUGUCAUCCAUAGCAUGUUGGUGCAUUGUAUGUCUAUUUACAAUUGGCCUGGCAGUCUCAUCAAAAAGCUUGAAAGAUGGAUCAGAAACUUCAUAUGGAGUGGGAACACUGACCAAAAGAAGAUUGUUACCGUUGCUUGGAAGUCAUGUUGCAAAAAAAUCAAUGAAGGUGGAUUGGGAAUUAUUUCAAUUAGUGCUUUCAAUUCUGCCACAAACCUUCAACUUUGCUGGAAAUUUGCCAAUAGUAAUCAAGCUUGGUCUCAACUUCUAAAUGCCCGCGUGAGGAAGAAUAGUAGGCUCAUCAAGUACUCUAUAAAGUCAUCCAUAUGGACUGGGAUAAAAGUCUAUUAUGCAGCUGUUAUGGAGAAUUGUAUUUGGAGUGUAGGCAAUGGCAACACUGUGAACUUCUGGCUUGACAACUGGGUGGGAGAAACCCUAGCUAAUAAGUUUAAGGUCCCAGGUCAGUUUCACAAUUCCCUUGUCUCUAAGGUUAGAGAUUGGUGGAACUCUGAGGCCUGGUCGAUAAAUUCUAACAUUCAAACUGCUAUCCCUGAUCUUUUGAGCACUAUAUCUAAAUUCUCCAUAAGUGACUUGUCUCCCGAUCUCCUUGCCUGGAAAAACUCUGUCAAUGGGGCUCUUUCUCUUAAGGAGGCCUACAAUUUUUUCCUUAAGCCUAGCCCUCAGUCAGCUUGGUCCUCCUUUCCUUGGGAUAAAGAUACUUCCCCUUCACACUCCAUGAUAGUUUGGAGAUAUAUGCACAACAAGUUGCCAACCGAUGAUAAUCUAGCCAAACGAGGAUUCCAUUAUCCUUCAGUCUGCAACUUGUGCUUCUCUGCUCAGGAUAAUGCUCUUCAUCUAUUCUUUGAAUGCAGUUUUGCCAAAAAUAUUUGGUCUUGGUUCUGUGAUAAUACGCAGUUUCAGCAUGGCAUCAAUUGCUUAGAGGAUUGCAGGAUUUUCUUGUCUCUAAGCUGGUCUAAGCAAGCUGCAGCUGUGAUUCAUGCUUCUUUAGUCAGUUUCUUCUACUUUGUUUGGACUGCUAGAAACAGGGCUAGGUUUGAGGACAAACACACUCACUGGAAGUCGUGUACCUCUUUGAUUGCUGCUCAUGCUAGUUUGGUGGGAUGCUGUACCUCCAGGUGUUCCAAUGACAGCAUGCUGAGUUUCUGUCUUCUUAAGAAAUUCAACAUACAAAUACAUCCUAGUAAGCCUCUUAUCACUAAGCCUAUUGUGUGGUCUCCCCCUCUGUAUGACUGGUUUAAGUGUAAUGUUGAUGGAGUUUCCACUGGAAAUGCUAGAAUGGCAGCUUGUGGAGGUAUUUUCAGGGAUCAUAAUGCUAACCAUAUAUUGAGUUUUUCUGUUUUCCUUGGCCCUGAGUCGGCUAUUAUUGCUGAGUUCAUGGCAGCUAUUUUGUGUAUAGAAGCUGCUGAAAAGAACAACUUUAGGAAACUCUGGGUUGAAUCUGACUGCAUUAUAGUUGUUAAUGCUUUUAAGGACCAUCUUUUAGUCCCUUGGAAAAUUCGCUCUCGCUGGCUUAAGUGUUUGGAUUACACCUUGAAGAUUGAUUUUCUUUGCACUCACAUUUUAAGAGAAGCCAAUUUUUGUGCGGAUUCCUUGGCGAAUUUCGGUCUUACUUGUAAAGAUACGCAAUGGUUUAAUUAUGUUAUUAAGGAUAUCAAUAGGGAUUUCUUGUUAGACAAGGCUGAGUUAUAUUUACUUAGAAAAAUGGAUCAUUUACUUGAGAGUCCUAUUGAAAGUUUUGGGAAUGAAACUGAUUCCAAUGAGCCAAGGAAUAAUGGUUCAGUAAGAAAGGAGAAUGAAGGAAAUGAAGUAAAAAAAGCAAAAAGCGUUGAUAAGAUCCAUAAGAAUGAUAUUGAUCUAAAGAGCUCAAAAUAUAGGGGUGUUAUCAAAUCCAAUAAUAAUCGGUAUGAAGCAUUUGUUUGGGAACAUAACACGAGAAAAGGAGGGUGGGGAAAGACAGUUUAUAUUGGAGAAUUUGAAACUGAAAUUGAAGCUGCCAAAGCUCAUGAUUUAUUUGCUAUUGAGAAAUGGGGAGAAUCUACUAUUACAAAUUUUCCAGUAUGUAAGUAUCGUGCUUUAGUUGUUUCUUCUGUUCGGGGGAGGACAUCAGGUUUCCAAUCUAAUUCUACUUGGUGUAAAUGUGUGUCCAUUCUUGAGUUCAAAAUGGAUGAACCUCUAAUUGACACUGAGGAAAAAGCUGCUAGAGCAUAUGAUGCAGCAGCAAAAAGAUUGAUUGAAGAUGAUGCAUAUACUAAUUUUUGUCAUGAUAAUGGUAAUGAAGAUAAUUUAGAAAACAAGGAAAGUAAAAAUACAGUUUUAAAUCAACAAGCUUUUGUUUCAAGUUCUUCAAUAUCGAAGGAACAAGCCAUAGUUAUGGAUGAUAAUGAUGCUUAUCAACACAAUGAGGAAUACCAAUAUCAUAAAGCACUGCUGCAUCAACAUGAUGACAUCGACCCAUCAUCUCCGAUUGUGCUAUAUAAUUUCAUUUAUAAUUCGUUUUAUGUAGUUGGAAAAGACGGAAUAAUCAAUUCCGGAGACUCUUCAAACCAAGGAGCAGAAGAUAAAGGUAAUGUUAAUUCACUCCAAGAUGCGAGUGAUGAUGAAUAG